AAUAGCAAUUUAUUUGAUAAGGCGGUUUCACUGAACUAUUUCUCUCUCUCUCUCUCUCCUUUUCUUCUUUCCCUUUUCCACAAAUCAUGAAACCCUAAUUUCCCUCAAACCGGCAUCUCAAUUUCACUAUCAAUAGCAUAUGAACCCUUAUUAGCUAAUAUCCUUUUCCCUUUUCACCCCUAGCUCUUCUAGGGCAAGAUUUUUUCCCCAAAUUUCCCCUUCAAUUCAAUCGUUGCCUCUUGUAUUUUUUUUUUUUUUUAAAUUCAAACAUGGAUGGCAACAAAGAUGAUGCCUUUAAAUGCUUGAAAAUCGGGAAAGAAGCGUUGGACGCUGGAGAUCGAGCCCGUGCGCUCAAAUUCCUCACCAAAGCGCGUCGCCUCGACCCAACACUUCCCAUUGACAAUCUCCUGUCAGCAGCAGCCGAAAGGGAAUCCGACGAUCGGCCCGCCCCGGAAUCUCCCGGAUCCACCAAACAUCCGUCCGAUUCUUCUCAAUCUAAGCCGUCUUCCGAUCAACCCUCAAUUCGCCAAAGGAAUCCAUCAACUGAGUCAGCUGCCUCUUCUUCUUCUCCAUCGGCAGCCGCGGCUGCCUGCACCGAAGAGCAAAUCGCAAUCGUGAAGCAAAUCAAGAAAAAGAAGGAUUAUUAUGAAAUUUUGGGGUUAGAAAAAACGUGUUCUGUUGAAGAUGUUCGAAAAGCCUAUCGAAAACUGUCCUUGAAAGUUCAUCCUGAUAAGAACAAGGCUCACGGCGCUGAGGAAGCCUUUAAGGCGGUUUCAAAAGCGUUUCAGUGCCUAAGCAAUGAAGAAAGUAGGAAAAAAUAUGAUCUUGUUGGAUCAGAUGAACCUGUUUAUGAAAGAAGAGCUUCAGCUUAUCGUGGUGGAGGCAAUGGAUUUAAUGGUUUUUAUGAUGCUGAUUUCGAUGCAGAUGAGAUAUUUAGGAACUUCUUCUUUGGUGGAAUGCCUCCUGCAACUACCCAAUUUCGAAGUUUCAAUUUUGGGCCUGGAAUGGGAGCUAGAAUGGGGGAUCAUGGCUCUACUGGAUUCAAUAUUCGGAUGCUGAUUCAGUUGUUACCGGUUCUGUUAAUUCUCUUGUUGAACUUUUUACCGUCUUCUGAGCCUGUUUUUUCACUGUCCAGGUCAUAUCCUUAUGAGUACAAGUUCACUACACAGAAGGGUGUGAACUAUUAUGUGAGGUCAAUGAAAUUUGAGCAGGAUUAUCCAGUUAAUAGUCCUGAGCGUAUAAGGAUCGAGGACCGUGUUGAGAGAGAUUAUUAUUCGGUUUUGGCACAGAAUUGUAGGUUUGAGCUGCAGCGGCAGCAGUGGGGAUUUAUUCGUGAGACUCCACAUUGUGAUUUGUUGCAGAAGUUUCAGUCGGCAGCUUAAUGGCUUCAUUGAGGUCUUUUCCAUGUAGCAGACCGAAUGAAAAAGGCCACACUUUUCGCGUUGGCGCACUCUGCUUUCUGUGCUAUGCAAACACAUAUCAACCGCAAUCUGUAUUAGACAAUACUCAUGACAUGGCAAAAUCUUCUGUAAUUUCAAAGUUAAGGUUUUUCAGAUCCUGUAUAGUCAGAGAACAUUAGACCGCAUACUAAAUUUUUCGUGGUAUUGACGUAUUGUUUGAUGUAAGAUGCUAUAUAUUGAGAGUGAUGUAUGUCCAGAACAUUGUCUGGACUGAUAUUUGAUAUGCACCACCCAUUUUGAUGUUAAUGAAGUUAUUUCUCCCUUUC